AUGAAGACGGUCGGGAAUCACAACACAUGCCUGCUAGGGAAGGCACUCACCUGCAAUUACCACAGGAGACCGAAGUACUUGGAGAUCGAUAUUGAUAUCGCGAGCUUGACAAUCACGACGGUGAUCCUACACCUGGCGCUGGGGUGCGUGACGAUCGACAUGGGGUUCCUUGUGGAGGCACAGGAGGAAGAGCUGUCCGAGAGGUUGAUCAGCGGGGUGAGGGUUUGUCAGAUGGAGAUGCCCGACAGGCUACCAUCGACCUCUUCCCUUGGCAUGUCCUCGUCGAUUGAGGAUCUCACAGCGAAACGAACGCGAGAAUGGUUCACUAUGACGAGAAUCCCCUUUUGGAGAUGCCAAAGAGAAUGGGUUCUACAGUAG